AUGGCGUCAUUUUCUCUUGCAGACAUCGUGUCUGCUCUCCCAUCCGAGGGGGAUGCUUGGGGCCCCCCCGUCCCAACUGGCAACACCCUAGAGGGCGUACCCUAUGCACCGUUCUCUAAGGGUGAUAAGCUUGGCCGCAUGGCCGAUUGGGGAAGCGAUUCGAAGGAUGCUCGCGAUAGAGGGCGACAGACUUAUAACCGCAACUUUAGAGACCAGCAAGUUUAUGGUGCUGGAACGAGCAGCCUUUUUGCUGUUCAGGUUGCUGAAGACGAAUCUUCCUUUUCGGUUGUCGACAAUACCAGAACUUCCGUGAAGACCCGUGGCUUUGGACGCGGUGGAGGCACUAUCUUCCGAGGCCGUGGUCAGCGAGGUGGCACCCAGCGGGGACGCGGGGGACAAUUUCAGAGAACCACUGGUGGCCGAGGUGGACAUACCGGCGGCGAUAGAUAUUACGACCAGCGUGGUGGACGCGGUAAUCGGGGUCGCCGCUUUGGCUGGAAAGAUUAUGAUAAGCCCCAGAGAAAUCGCGACAGCUCCGUCACUAUCCGUCCAGAAUGGUCCAUGCUGGAGGAAAUUGAUUUCUCCAGACUUUCGAAACUCAACCUCGAUACCCCAGACGGCGAAGAUCUGGAUAACUAUGGUUUCCUCUACUAUUAUGACCGCUCAUACGACAAGGCUCCUGUUAAAAACGCAGAACGCAGACUACAAGCUCUGGAGCGUGCGGCAUACAACGUUACAACCAGUGCUGACCCUGUGAUCCAGGAACUUGCUGAAAAAGACGAGGCCACCGUUUUUGCCUCUGCUGAUAUUCUCUCCAUGUUGAUGUGCGCUUCUCGAAGUGUCUAUUCCUGGGAUGUUGUUAUCGUCAAGCAUGGAAAUAAGAUUUAUUUCGACAAACGCGACAAUGCCUCGAUCGAUCUUGUUACUGUUAAUGAAAAUGCUGCAGAUGCUCCGAUGGAGGCCCCAGAAGGUCAGGCAGGAGCCAAGCAUGAUACCCUUAACACUCCCAGCGCCCUUGCUCUCGAAGCCACAAUCAUUAAUCACAACUUUGCCCUUCAAACGGUGGUGGAAUCCGAGAGCGCCAAGGUCGAUUUCAACAAUCCAAACCCGUUUUACAAUCCUUCCGAAGAAACAGAGCCCCUAGCGUCCAAGGGCUUCAGAUAUCGCCGAUUUAACCUUUCACUAGAGAAGGACGACGAGCCGGUCAACAUUAUCGUGCGUACUGAAGUUGAUGCUGUUUUGAAGAACAAUAUCAGCGGCGAUGAUCAAUAUGUCACUCUUAAGGCUCUUAAUGAAUUCGAUUAUAAAGCGCAAGGCGCUGGUGGUGCUCUAGAUUGGCGGACAAAACUUUACUCUCAGCGUGGUGCCGUAGUCGCCACCGAAAUGAAGAACAACAACGUCAAACUUGCCCGCUGGACCACGCAGGCCAUUCUCGCCAAGUCCGACAUCAUGAAGCUCGGUUUCGUUGCCCGUGCUAAUCCACGUUCCUCUGCGGCGCAUGUCGUCCUUGGUGUUGUAGGAUAUAAGCCUCGUGAAUUUGCCAUGCAGAUGAAUUUGAACAUAGGCAAUGGGUGGGGUAUCGUGCGAACGAUCAUCGAUUUGGUCAACAGUGUUGAAGAUGAUGACGAGGAUGAUUCGCAGGAGAAGGUUAAGAAAUUUGUUCUUGUGAAAGAUCCUAACAAGGCUGUAAUUCGCCUCUAUGGCGUACCAAUCACUACGUUUGAAGAAGAUGAGGACGCUGGGGAGAAAGUGGAGAAGAGCGAUGAGAAUGAGAAUGGGGAUGAGGAAUAA